ACGGUAUAUUUUAUCGAUAAGUCCGCGUUUCCGGCUUCUGCCUCUUUCCGUCGUCUGCCUCCUUCUUUUCACACUGUCAGCCGACGAAGUCGCUACUUUGAUUUAAAUAUUCAAAAUGGUUGCCCCAAAGAAACAGAAAAAGGCGCUGGAGAGCACCAAUGCGCGUCUGGCGCUGGUGAUGAAGUCUGGCAAAUACUGCCUGGGCUACAAGCAGACGCUGAAGACUCUGCGUCAAGGCAAGGCCAAGCUGGUUCUCAUUGCCAGCAACACGCCCGCCCUGAGGAAAUCCGAGAUUGAGUACUACGCCAUGUUGGCCAAGACUGAGGUCCAGCACUACAGCGGCACUAACAUUGAGCUGGGCACUGCUUGCGGUAAAUACUUCCGCGUGUGCACCUUGUCCAUUACCGAUCCUGGAGAUUCGGACAUCAUCCGUUCAUUGCCCGACAACUAAAAUGGCUUGAAAUUCUGUGCUUUUUUUUAUACAAUAAAUUCUUGUAAUGAGUUGAAGAAGAAA